GUACGGCUUUCAUGGAGAAGUCAUGUACAAGGUGGGAUCGUUGGACAUGUGGCAGGCCUUCAACCACGUAUUCUCGUUGCUGCCUUUUGUUGCCGUGUCCGCUGGCAACUUCAUGGCGACCCAUGGGGGCAUCACCAAAGACUUUGUGGCAUCCUGCGAAGGCGCUAAUGGAGAUUUCAGAGAGUGCCUCACUUACGAGAUUGGGGUUGGCGCCUCCUGGGCAGAUCCGCACCCACUUCAGGGAUGGAUGCCCUCACCGAGGGGCGCCUCCAUUCAGCGGCAUGGGAAGGAUGUAACAUACGAGUUCCUGAAAAGCCAUGGCCUGCAGAAGCUUAUCCGUGGACAUGAAGCGCAGGCGCACGGACACUCCGUGAUCGACCUGGGAACCAAAGGGUACGAGGUUCACACAGUUUUUUCAUCCUCCGACUACUGUGGUGUGCUAUGCGUCGGCGAGGACCGAUAUCCUCUCCAGCCCCCAGAGUGGGACCUAAACAUGUUUUCGCUCCCUGGUCAAAACAAUCUGGGUGCGAUCAUGUUCGUGGACUUCGCCCAGGGAGAUGAGGUAGAACCCGCCACGUACGAAGUACAGGUGCUCAGUGGCGCUGAUGCCCGCCAGGAGGCUCUGAGCUUCACCGGCGCCACCUGCGAAGAGCCAACAACGACAACGACAACAGAAGAGACAACGACGACCACGGAGUCCUCCCCAUUGGAAGAGACAACCUCAUUUCAGGGUUGGGAAGACGUGGAGCCUGUCCCACGCCCCGGGCCAUUCAAGCAGCUGAAGCAGAGAAUCUCGGGCCGCGGGACGCGCGAGGCGGAACGUGACGGAUGGAUGGAUUUCUUUCGUUGGGGCCUCCUCCAGCGCAGCGAGGAGCCAGGGGAAGGGCAGUUGCCGGAAGAUUGGAGCGCCAAGCUUCCUGCGAGCUGCCGACAUCAUGUGAAACCAGAAGAGGCGCAGGAGCAUGAGCAAUCGGUACGCGCCAGCCUGCAGGCCACGCCUGACAUUGAGUUUGAAGCAAGGAGGUUAGUGGACACGUUGGGCGAAGCUAUGCCCGUGGAGACGCUUGGUCAAGAGCAGGAGGAGAAUUGCAAGACCAUGGUGAAAGACCUUCUCACCUUGAAGGUGUACUCACAGAUGUCCGGGGCAAGUACCACAAGCAAAUCUGGCUCCUUCAGGGUGCUUCAGGCGGACAUCCAAAAUCGUGAAGAAUUGAUCCGAGAGGACAUGCAGGAGCGACGAAGCUCGUAG